AUGGGGGAGUCAGCAGCCUGCUGCUUGCUUCUUCUGCACACCAUCAGACACCUGAGCGGAUCACUUGUUCAUGCAUCCGACCCAAAGCACAAGCAGGCGAUUACGAAUCUCUUCAACGGAAGUUUUGACACCAGCAGCUACAGUGUCUGGCUCGAAUCGGUACCAGGGAUCACGGGUCUGAUCAGUUACGGCAUCUUUGUCGUCAUCUCGAUCCUGGGCAUACCGUACAUUCGGAAUUUGUCGUUCGAGCUCUUUCAAGCCAGCCACCUGUUGAUGUUCCCGAUGAUUGGUCUGCUGAUGGCACAUGGAGCAGAUCAUCUUUUACAAUAUCCUGCCUCGAGGCUCGUGUUAGCUGUGCCUACUCUUCUCGUCAUGAUGGAAAGAGGACACCGAGUUCUCAGCAUGUUCAAUUCCAGUGGCUACGCCGAGAUAACGCCUUUGAGUGACGAAGUUGCCAAAGUGUCUCUACCGCAUCUGACCCAAUCUCGCCUGUUCAAAUAUCAAGGCGGCCAAUACAUUCUGUUGCUGCUGCCCUCGAUUUCGUAUUUCCAGUGGCACCCGUUCACCGUGUCUGAAUUUGAUGGCGACAGGCCUUACAUAUACAUGAAAGCGGGUGGGAAUUGGACCGCCCGAGUUCGUCGACUGGGGCGAUUUACACCAGCCCGUUUGGACGGACUCUUUGGCGCCCCAAGCCAGAGGUUUUUUGACUAUCAAUACAACAUAUUGAUUGAGACGGGCAUUGGGAUUACGCCUUCUCUCUCGACUUUGGAUCGCCUGAAAGAGCGCGAUCAACCCUGGGCGAUGCAAGAUGCUGCAAAUCCCCCGUCAGCAUCCCAUAUACCAGAUAAUGACACACUAAAUGCCGAUGAGACGUCUCAUUCGGUGGAUAUAUACCGGACAUCACGUCGAGCUGACUCGAUCCUCUGGUUCGUCCCUGUCCUCGCCGGGGCGUCAUCGGCCUCGCAAAACCGCAGGAUUCAGUUCGCAUUGACCGCGUUCAUUACUCAAUCGAAUGCAUCAGACAAUCUCAAAGCAUCCGUCGAGCAGGAAAAAUCGGAGCUGCUCAAUUACAGAGGACACGUGCAGUAUCAGCGACCAGACUUCGCAAAACUACUCACUGAACACUAUGAGAAGAUGUGCCAUUCUCCUUUUUGGUCCUAG